CGGCGGAGGGGAAGGGAGCCGGACCGGAAGGGUCGAAACGCCCCGGCGCCCCUUACACCGGCGGCGGCGGCGACGGGGCGGAGCGGGGCGGGGCGGCCGGCAGAGCCCGGGGUAGCGGAGCCGGGAACGGCCAGCGCUCAGCGCCGCCAGUCCGCCCGCCCGCUCUCUCACCCUGACGCGGCGGCGGGAGGCGAGGAAUCUGACAACUCUACCAGGUCUUCGGAAUAUUGUAUGACACUACAUCAUGAGUGACAGUAAAUGUGAUAGUCAGUUUUACAGUGUGCAAGUGGCAGACUCAACUUUCACUGUCCUAAAAUGUUACCAGCAGUUGAAACCAAUUGGCUCUGGAGCCCAGGGUAUUGUUUGUGCUGCUUUUGAUACAGUUCUUGGAAUAAAUGUUGCAGUCAAGAAACUUAGCCGUCCUUUUCAGAAUCAAACUCAUGCAAAGAGAGCUUAUCGUGAACUCGUCCUCUUAAAAUGUGUCAAUCAUAAAAAUAUAAUUAGUUUGUUAAAUGUGUUUACACCACAAAAAACUCUAGAAGAAUUUCAAGAUGUGUAUUUGGUUAUGGAAUUAAUGGAUGCUAACUUAUGUCAGGUUAUUCAUAUGGAGUUGGACCAUGAAAGAAUGUCCUACCUUCUUUACCAGAUGCUUUGUGGUAUUAAACAUUUGCAUUCAGCUGGUAUAAUUCACAGAGAUUUGAAGCCUAGUAACAUCGUAGUAAAAUCAGACUGCACGCUUAAGAUCCUUGACUUUGGCCUGGCCCGGACAGCAUGCACCAAUUUCAUGAUGACCCCCUACGUGGUAACGCGGUAUUAUCGGGCGCCUGAAGUCAUCUUGGGCAUGGGCUACAAAGAGAACGUUGAUAUCUGGUCAGUGGGUUGCAUCAUGGGAGAGCUGGUGAAAGGUUGUGUGAUAUUCCAAGGCACUGACCAUAUUGAUCAAUGGAAUAAGGUUAUUGAGCAGCUAGGAACACCGUCAGCAGAGUUCAUGAAGAAACUUCAGCCAACCGUGAGGAAUUACGUGGAAAACAGACCGAAGUAUCCUGGAAUCAGAUUUGAAGAACUCUUUCCAGAUUGGAUAUUCCCAUCAGAAUCUGAACGAGACAAAAUAAAAACAAGUCAAGCCAGAGAUCUGUUGUCAAAAAUGUUAGUGAUUGAUCCAGAUAAGCGGAUCUCUGUAGAUGAAGCUCUGCGCCACCCAUACAUUACUGUUUGGUAUGACCCCGCUGAAGCAGAAGCGCCACCACCUCAAAUUUACGAUGCCCAGUUGGAAGAAAGAGAACAUGCAAUUGAAGAAUGGAAAGAGCUCAUUUACAAAGAAGUAAUGGAUUGGGAAGAAAGAAGCAAGAAUGGUGUUGUAAAAGAUCAGCCUUCAGAUGCAGCAGUAAGUAGCAACGCCACUCCUUCUCAGUCGUCAUCUAUCAAUGACAUUUCAUCCAUGUCCACUGAGCAGACACUGGCCUCAGACACAGACAGCAGUCUUGAUGCCUCGACGGGACCCCUUGAAGGUUGUCGAUGAUAAGUUAGAAAUAGCAAACUUGUCAUCGGUGAAGGAACUCUCACUUCCACAAGCCUGAAAUGCUUAGGAGUUGAUGGAACCAAAUAGAAAAACUCCAUGUUCUGCAUGUAAGAAACACGAUGCAUUGCCCCUACUCAGUUCUUAUAGGAUUGCCUGCUUAGAUUAUAAAAUAAAGCAGAUUAUGUCUGAAGAAAAAAAGUGCAAGCCACACUUUUAGCAAUUUUGUCCAAGAUCAUUUCAGGUGAGCAAUUAGAUGAAUUUUUUUGAAGUCGUGUGGUAAUAGUAGUGACAAUUUCCCAUCAUCCGUAACUGUUGGGACUUAUAUGCAUGUGACCACAGAUGCUUGUUUGGACUUGCUGAUCUAGCACUUUGGAAAUCAGUAUUUAAAUGCCAAAUAAUCUUCCAGGUAGUGCUGCUUCUAGAAUUAUCUCUUAAUCCUCUUAAGUGAUUUGGUGUCUGUCCAGAAAGAAUAGAAUUUGUGUGUUAAAUGGCCACCAUAUUAUAUCUUACCCCCUUUUAUGGCAUUAUUUAUUCUAUCUUUUGUAUUUCAGAAGGAAUAUAAUUAAGUCUAUUUAAUAAGUACAAAAUAUAGCUUUUCUUAAAUUUGUGAUGUUUGGGGCUGCAAACUAUCACUGCUAAAACCAAGACACUUAUAUGAACACUCUGUUUUCUCUACAUUGUCUAGUCUGGGACGAGUGUACAUUCAGCUUUACUGCAUGAUAAAAUUUUCAGUUUUGUGCUGCUUAAGACAAAUAACUUUGAAAUCCUAUCUACCUUAUCUCUUUUUUCUCAAUCUUCUGGACUUAUUAAUUUAAACCGCUACCUAGAAUUUCAUGUUCUUUAUUAGGCAUGUAACACUCCAUCUCAAUAAUAUUAUGGCAAAUAGACUCUUGAAUCCAUUGCCUAAUGUUAGAAUAGAAUUUUACAAAAUGAUCACUAAAGAUUAUUGUAAUCAUUUACUAAGUGCUUCCUUCACCAGAGACUGGCUGGGUUCUUUACUUACCUUCCGUCAUUCAGGUGAAAUUCAUGAUUUCACAAGGCAGCCUUUCCCUUUGCCGAUACCAUGUUCUUAAUCGAUUUUCUUUUUUCACUGAAAGAAACCAGAUAAACCCCCCUUUGGUCUGUUUUAGGAGGCAAGGCUGAUUCAGAAUGCCUGUUUGCUGUUGUUUUCCAUUUUGUGGAGGCAUUUCCUUUGUCUAAGGGAAAGCCAUGAAACUUCUGGGAAAACUCUUCAGAGGGAUAUGAAGGAAAUACCCUAAAGAAUAGUAAUUAACUAUUGAAUAUUUUCUGAUUUAAAACUGCUCACCUGAAAUUGAUACUUUCAGACUUUUUGAUAUGUAAAUUAUUCGAACUUUAUUAAGAUACUGAGUAUUCAAGUGUCACUGCAGAAAUGGAGUUAUGAUGAUCACAUUUUGGCUACCUGUGCUCAUAAUGUUUUUUGCCUUGAGCUUAAUUUGUUACCAAUUCAUAUCUUUUGUUCAAUUAUCUUGGAAGCUUUUUGGUCAACGUGCUAUAGAAUGUGUUCUGAGGAGGAACUUUGAUAAGAAAGUUAUUAUAAAUAUUAUCUAAAAUGUAU